AUGACGGAAGUCAUAUUGGACCAGACGCCUCCUAUACUACACGGGCCAUCUGCGAAGGAGAAAAAGUACGAUCGCCAGCUGCGAUUAUGGGCUGCUACUGGACAAAAAGCCUUGGAGGACUCGCACGUUCUCCUGCUAAACUCUGGUAGUGGUACUGUUGGUGUCGAGGCUUUAAAGAAUCUUGUCCUUCCAGGUAUCGGCAAAUUUACGAUUGCGGACGAUAUGAUCGUUGAAGAGGUAGAUCUCGGAAUGUCGAAGGCGAGUCCUUUCACUUCGGAAAAGCAGGAGAAAUCUAUUGGGGAGUUAUUUGAACACGACAAGUUCACCUUGAUCAUGUACAGUCUUCCAAUUAAGGCCGAAAAUCUUGCAAUCGUUCAGGACUAUACGAAGAGACAUAAAGUUCCAGCGAUAUCAAUACACUCCGCGGGGUUCUAUUCAUAUUUCAAAAUCCACCUCCCAGGCUCAUUCCCUAUCGUUGAUACCCAUCCAGACAUAAGUGCUACGACGGAUUUGAGACUGCUGUCACCGUGGCCCGAGCUAUCACAGUUUGCUGAAGGCUUAACCGAAAAUCUUGAGGACCAAAGUCUACACGAUCACGGACAUAUCCCGUACGUUGUAAUACUACUACACUAUCUUGCGAGAUGGAAAGAAGCGCAUGGCACUCUCCCUUCUAAUUUUAAAGAAAAAACCGCUUUUAGAAGCACAGUAGCUGCUGGAAUGCGCACAGAUAAUGCAGAAGGUGGUGAAGAAAACUUUGAGGAGGCUGUUGGAGCGGUGGUCAAGACGAUAUCUUUACCGUCUCUAUCAAGUUCGGUUCGAGAGGUUUUUGGUUACCAGCCAGAUGAGACUGAAUCUAGCACCAGCUUCUGGGUCAUAGCCGAUGCUAUAAAGACAUUUCAUACAAAACAUAACGCGCUUCCGCUUCCAGGAUCAGUUCCGGAUAUGAAGGCCCAGUCUACCGUUUACGUCCAGCUUCAGAAUAUUUACAAGGCCAAAGCACGCCAGGAUGCUGCCGAGGUACUCGAAACAGUACGGUCUCAUCCAGGUGGAAAAGAUAUCCCAGCUACAGAGGUGGAACUCUUUUGCAAGAAUGCCGCUUUUAUCAAGCUUAUCCACGGCACAACGUCUGCGAGCAGUAUCUUGGAGGUAGCCAAAGCGGAAUUUGCCAACGAUGAGAGCGCGGCUUUGACUCAGAUGCCACUCUCUCUGCUGCCAAUAUAUCUAUCUCUCGGUGCAACAUCACAUGUUAAUUCCGCGACGGCCUCUGACAUCGUCGCUAAGAUUGGCAAAGAUAUCCCAGAAGCUGACUCGAACCCGAGCAUUGUCAAUGCCGCCGAAGAAGUAGCGCGAGCAAAUGGUGGAGAGCUGCACAAUAUCUCUGCCUUGACUGGUGGCAUGGUAGCGCAGGAAGUGAUUAAAAUCAUCACUAAGCAAUAUAUACCGAUCGACAAUACCUGCAUUUUUGAUGGCAUUACCAGCAGAACCCAAGUAUUGAGGACCUAA